UUAAACAAAACUCAUCACCAGAUUUUAUUAGGAAUGUUCCAAAAUCAAAAUCAAAACACUCCAAAGCUGGAAAAGAGCAAUUACCUAGCAAUACACCGAAAGAGACUUCAAAGAGAGAUUCUGGAGGAAAACAAUGUGAAUAUAUUCUUGCUGAUACAAAACAAGACAGGAAAAAACAGAGUAAAGUUAAAAGUACAAGAUCUCAGUUACUUAUCACAGAUACAAGGGAGAAUAGGCAGUCAGGGGAUUCCAAUUGUUAUUCAA